AGCGCCUGAGCAAGGAGACAAGCACACAGCCCGGCAACCCGGCAGGAUGAAGGUGCCCACGGCCGUCCUCCUGGCCCUGCUGCUGUGCCAGCAGCCAGGCAGAGGGCAGGUGCAGGGCGAGGAGGAGGAGGACGACGACGCGGUUGGGCUGGAUGGCUAUGACGAUGACGAUGAGGAAGAGGAGGGAGGAGGCAGUGUGACUGCAGGCGGCAGGGGCAGAGCCGUGCUGCAGUGUUACUCCUGCCAGGCCCUGCACAGGGGGGGGAGUUGUGACCGGAUUCAGAACUGCGUCCACAGCCACAGCUUCUGCAAAGCCAUCGUCUCCCACGGGAACACCGGGUCGGGCCCUCUGACCACCUACUCGGCGUGGUGCGCAGACGCGUGUCAGCCCUUCGCCAAGACAGUGGAGGGGAUGAUGACCAUGACCUGCUGCCAGUCUACACUCUGCAACCUCCCACCCUGGCAGGACCCCCUGGGCAGGGGGGAGGGAGCCCCCAGGGCAGCCCCACUCUGGUGGCACACUGUCCUCCUCAGCCUCCUCCCGGGCCUUCAGGCCGUGGGGUCCUGAGUGGGUGGUCCCACCCCGAACCCCAGCCGAGGCUUACACCCUGGAUGGCCAGCACUCACUCAAGUGCCUUACCCACUGCCCAUCCCCCCCCCGGCUUGGAGAAUAAACGUGGAGCGACUUCAGGGGUACGGCCAGCACUGGCUCCUCCCUCCCAGCGUGUCCCAGCGUGUCCCCGCGUGUGUCCGAUCUGUCUGGCAUCUGCGGCCUCUCUCCCCACUGCCUGUGCCAGGACGUGGGCCUCAGGUCCAGGCCUCAGCUGCUCAGGGGGUGGGUCCACACGGCCUGGGGAGAGAAAACACGUGUCAUAUGACGGGGUCGGGGGUGGGGGGGGGGGCGGCCCCUUUCUCCCUCACCCUCCCGCCACUGAAAACGCCUCCAUGCACAUGACUGUUGCCUGGGUUCCUGAGAAGUGGGCGGUGGGAGGGGCUGGGAAGAGAACCCAAGUGUGCCCCAGUGUCCACUGUGGCCAGGCUGGCACCGUUGGCUGCUGGGCUCUUGGCCUUCCUGACUGGUGCCAAGACAGAGCCCUGGGACAGGAGGGAGGAAGCCUGGGUCUGGGCCUCACUUUCCCCAUGGAUAAGUGUGGAACAAGGCCCUUGAUCUCCACCAGCUCAACAUCCCCAGGGUAGGGAAGCCCAGGGUCCUCCACUGCCUGUCAAGGAUCUCCAGCAGGUAGACAGCCUCCCACUCUCUGUUUCCUUCUUUCCUUAUUAGUGAAAACCUCCAGGUCUGGUGGGGGGGACAGAUCCCUGAGGUAGAAGUGACAUGUCUUUCUUCUUCUCCUUCCUCCUUCCUGUUCCCUGAAAUGGUGGCUGGGGCUCAGCAGCCACUUUGCACCAUGAGGCAGCACACUGAGGCUAGUAGGGCAGCUGGAGGAAGGGGCCUGGAUCACUGGUGACCAGGAACCACUGUACUAGCCCCACGCUGCCUACCUUAGGACCCCUUUCCUUGGGAGAGAAAUAAAUUG